AAAAGCAUUCGAUUUGUAACACUCUGAACAUACAGAUACAGCACACACAUCUCCAACACGCUUUAGCUAAAGCACUAAGAAUGAAGUUCAGAGUAGCAGUUCUUCUGCUUCUGUACAAAUGUCUUGUAUUCGCUCCGAAUGUCAUAUUCGCGACAGAAUCUGCCGUCUCAGGAUUGCCUUGUCCUUUGAAAACAUGCACAGAUGUACUGAAGGAACUAAAAGAUCUGGAAAUCAGACUGGCUAAGAGUGAAGAUCAGAUUGAGGAAAUCAAAAAGGAAAAACAAGAUCUGGAAAUCAGACUGGCUAAGUGUGAAGCUCAGAUUGAAGAAAUCAAAAAGGAAAAACAAGACAAAGACUUUGUUCCCAGGACCAGGAACGACUUCCUACAAUAUUCCCGUUGGCUCACUCUGGAUCUGAACACAAUGAAUAAAUACCUCCUUGUGUCUGAGGGGAACAGAGUGAUUACUCGCACUGACACACCGCAGUCGUAUCCUGAUCAUCCAGACAGAUUUGGUGGUGGGAAUUCUCAGGUGUUGUGUAGAGAGAGUGUGAGUGAUCGACGGUCUUACUGGGAGAUUGAGUGGAGUGGAGAUGUGUGGAUAUCAGUGUCAUAUAAGAGCAUCUGCAGGAAGAUAGGGAUUGAGAGUCAGUUUGGAUCUAAUGAUCAGUCCUGGAGUUUGAUCUGCUCUUACUACAGAUACUCAUUCAGACACAAUGACAUAUGGACUGUUCUACCUGUAGAUCCCAUCAUCAGUAGAACAGUGAAUGGGAAGGAUUACUAUAGAACAGGAGUGUAUGUGGAUCACAGUGCAGGAAUUCUGUUCUUCUACGACGUCUCUGGAGACACAAUGAUCCUCAUCCACACAGUCCAGACCACAUUCACUCAACCGCUCUAUCCUGGGAUUUGGGUUUAUAGAGAAUCAUCAGUGAAACUGUGAUGAUGAAUCAGAACAGAGAGACUCUACCCAUAAUGCUUUGAGCUGAUGAUGAAUCAGAUGUUAUAGAGUCUCUUCAUUACAUUAAUACUGCGACACUGAAAUAUCAUGUCAGAAUAAAAGUGUGUGACACAGA